AUGGUGCUAAGUCAAUUAGCAUCUGGAAGUGUAAACAUUUUGUACAAGAUUGCUGUUGCUGAUGGAAUGAAUGUCCAAAUUAUGGUCUUCUACAGAUUGGUUUUUGCCACUGCUUUCAUGGCUCCUCUUGCUUUCAUUAUUGAAAGAAGAAGUAGACCAAGAUUAAGCUGGACAAUAAUCUUCCAAGGGUUCGUGAAUGGAUUGAUGGGAGCAGCACUUGGAAGCAAUUUUAAUGCGGAGAGUUUGAUUUACACGACGACAACAUUUUCAUCAGCCAUGUCUAACCUUACUCCUGCAGUGACAUUAAUUAUGGCUGUAAUUUUGAGGAUGGAAAGCUUGGACAUCCAUAGAUUAGCGGGAAAAGCCAAGUUGCUAGGAACUAUAUUGGGCAUUAUGGGAGCACUAAUUCUGAACCUUUACAAAGGAAUGAAGAUUCCAUUUUGGUCUGCCAAUAUACAUCUUCUUCAUAAUGCUAAUGUCACUGCAACAUCAGCACAACCAACAACCUACAACAAUGUUUGGGGUUCAACACUUGCAUUUUUAAGUUGUGCUUCUUAUGCUUCUUGGUUGAUCUUUCAGGGUAAGAUGAGGCAGAGGUACCCCAUGUACUCAAGUACUGCAUUGAUGUGUUUUUGUGGGGCAAUAGAAGCAGGCAUCUAUGCUUUUUUAAAAGAAAGGGAUUCAUCUGCCUGGAAACUUGGCUGGAAUAUCAGACUUUUCACUACUGCUUAUUCGGAUUAG